AUUUGACAAUACAGUGUUUAAUACAAGAAGGAACAUUCUCCAGUGUAAAGAAGAGAACGAAUAAUAAAAAACUUUUGAAAUUAAAUUGUGAUAUUUUUUGUUGUUGUUCUCAAAUCUUUGUUAUUUUUUUUUUUUUGUAGAAAAAAACAAAGAUUUUUUGAUCAUCAAUUUAUUUUUUUGUAAAAAGAAAUUUUGCUGAAGUCCAACAAGUGAAGUGCAAUUUUUAAGCAUGAAGUUCCAAUUAGUCAUAUUAUCCGUCCUUUUGGUGAGCGCUUUUGCUCUACCCGUGCCGGAUGAAGAAGUCGCCGCCCCCGUUGUUGCCGAAUCCGUUGCGGCUGUGCCCGAAGUAAAACCUGAAGUUGUACAAAAGGUCGAUGAGGUCAAACCCGAAUCCAGAACACUUGAAGAAGACAAGAAGCCAGCAGCUGCCGAAGAGGCCUCAAGUCCCCUGCCAGCAGCAGCAGCACCAGCACCAGCACCAGCAGCAGCCGCUGAAGCGCCCAUAGCUUUGCCCGAAAAGAUCGAAGAAAAGAAAGAGGAAGAGAAGAAAGAGGAAAAACCAGAGGAAAAGAAACCCGAAUUGCCAGCUGCUGGUGAGAAGCAAACACGCAGUGAGGAAGUUGUGGAAGAAGCCAAAGCUCUGCCCGUGGUAGCUGCCCCCGCUGUGGCUGAGGAAUCCAAGCCCAUAGUCGAAGCUGCUGCUCCUGCUGUGCCCGAAGUUAUUCCCGAAGGCAAAUCCGGUUUGGUCUCCGAACAAAAGAAAGAAGAACUCUCGGUUUCCGAACCAACCCCAGCCAUCAAGGUAGAAGAGAAUUCCGCAGCUGUUGAAGAAAAGAAAGCCGAAGAAUUGCCCGCUCGCCAAGAACGUACCACUGAUGAAAAAGCCCAAGUUGCUGCUGCCCCUGCUGAAGCUGUGGUAGUGCCAGAAGUCAAGGCUUUGCCCGCUGAAGCCCCCAAGGCCGAAGAACCCAAAGCUGAAGCCUCAGAAGCCAAACCCUUAGAAGCCGCCCCCGCUGCCGAAAAGAAGGCCGACGAGAUCGCCCAACCCAUUGCUGCCGAGGAGAAGCCCAAAGAAGAAUUGAAACCAGCUGAGGCCAAGAAAAUCGAUGAAGCCGCCGCCGAACCCAUCAAAGCCGAAGCUGCUCCAGCCCCUGCCAAGGCCGAGGAGGAAAAGAAGCCCGAAGCCCAGGCCACCAAGAAGCUCGAAGACAACUCAGCCACCGAAGAGGACAAGUCCAAUGAAAGCAAAAAACCCGAAGCUGAAUCCAAGGAAUCCGAAGAAUCAAAAGAAUCUGAAGAAUCGAAAGAGGACAAGUCCAAUUAGAUGGGUAGUACAGUAAAAUAAUGCAAACGCUUAAGAUUUAAACUUAUAAUUUAAACUUCGAAUGAUAGCCUC